AUGGAAAAGAGCACUGUCACUCCUAAAGGAAAAGAGAAAGUUGUCGAAUUCUCAAAAGAGUUAAAAGAAAACUCUAGCGGUUCCAAGUUCGAGGAAGAAACUGCGGAGGAAACAGAGUCACAAGACAAUAACGAAGAAAGCGGGGCAAUUGCCAUAUGGUGCGCUAAUCACAAAAAUCUUUCGAGCAUUGGAAGUGAAGCCACCCUCACAGAUGAGAAAGAGCAAGCCGAAGAAGAAGGCUUUGCUAAUUCUCGUCAAAAGAAGAAGGGAAAGAAGGCAAAGAAGUCCGCUUUUUCUGCUAAGUCGUUUGACUCGGAAACCACCAUGUCUGGAGAAGCAUCUCCUUUGAGCAAAAGGACAUCUCGUGCUGUGAUUGAAGAAAGAGUAGAAGCUGAAGCUAAGGCAAAAGAAGAAGGAGAUGCAUACGUAAAGGUGUUGGUAGAUGCCAAAGCUCAAGCUAAAGCCGGUGCAAAAAAGAAACUAGAUGCUCAAGCUCUCUCAAAGAAAGAGAUCAUUGACAGAGCAAAGCAAGAGGUCUCUGCUGUAGUGGAAUGA